AUGCUAUUCUCAUCUUUGGCGAGUUUUGCUGCAGUAGGUUUGGUUCUGUGUGGAAUGUUUAGUUUCGUUGCACAAUUUCCACCAAAAUAUAUGCGAACUUUUAUUUCUGGUCAAUCACUUUCUUGUAUUCUUAGUGCGAUAUUGAGCAUUUUUUGUCAAGCUUUUACUUCCAAUAAUAUCAAUGAUGGGCGUUUAUUUUUUUUUAUUACUAUUAUAUGGGCGAUUAUUAGUAUUUGUCUUUUUUGCUAUCUCGCUAAUUCAAAAGAAUUGAAAACGUUUAUUCUAAAAGAUUCCGAUGAUACAAAUCGAAUUGCUUCCAUUGAUUCUCAGGAUGGAGAAUCUGAUCAAGUCAAUCUGAUUGGUUAUGAACCUGAUGGCGAUGAUUUUUCUCGUAACGUUUUAUCCAUCUGCAGCGACGUCAAAUAUGAAUUAAUUUCUAUAUCACUCAUUUUUUUCGUAACCUGUAUUGUUUUUCCAAGUAUUACUUCAUUGGCGCGAUCGUAUUCAAGAAACGGUAUAUGGAAAGAUUACUUUACAAGUAUCAGUUUCUUGUUGUUCAACUGUUCGGAUGCUAUUGGUCGAUUGCUUUCUUCUGCAGUUAAUUUAAAUGCUAAAACAUUAAUAGUUGUAUCGACAUUGCGAUUAAUUUUUGUUCCAUUAAUUUGCUUUUGUAAUGUUCAACCGAGAUAUCAUUCGACGACGAUUUUCAAUAGUGAUCUUCUUUAUAUUUCUUUCAUUAUUUCAUUUUCGUUUACAAACGGAUUAUUUCUUUCAUCUGCAAUCGUUUCGGCCACAAUGCCAGGUAGCUUCAAGCUUCUUGCUUUCAAUAAAGAUUUAACUUAA